AUGUCGAAAUUCGUUGAGAGGGCAAAGCAAUCUUUCCGCACGGACCAUACUUGGGAUCGUGUUGGUAGAUACUCAGUCAUCGGAGCAAAGGCUGCGCCUGCUGCCGCCGCCGGCUAUCUACUCGAGAAGGUCCCCAUCGUCGGCUGGCUACCCCGCUAUAGACCACGAUGGCUCAUCUCAGAUGUCAUUGCAGGCUUGACGCUGGCCGUCAUGCUGAUUCCCCAGAGUUUGGCAUAUGCUGCCAUUGCUACCAUUCCAGUUGAGUACGGCUUGAUGGCUAGCUGGCUCCCUGCCACCAUUUACGCCUUCAUGGGCACUUCCAAGGAUCUCUCCACCGGCCCAACUUCACUGAUUGGCCUUCUGACUUCGGAGGCGGUCCACGCUCUGGAGCCCCAGGGCUACCGGGCACAGGACAUAGCCGCGUGUGUUGCCCUCUGGAUGGGCGUCUACGGCAUCAUUCUGGGCUUCCUCAAGCUGGGAUUCUUGCUCGAGUUCAUUUCCGAGCCUGUGCUUACCGGCUUCAUUUCAGCCGCUGCCAUUAUCAUUGGUUCAGGACAGGUCAAAAAUCUCAUCGGCCAGAGUGACAUUGGAGACGGCUUUGCCGCCAUUGUUCACGACACUUUCGCUACGCUUCCUGAUGCUGAUGGCAACACUGCCGCAAUUGGCGUCACCGGUAUUGUCAUGCUUUGCCUCAUGCAGCACAUUGGCACCCGCUGGGGCAAGAAGUACAAGGUCGCGUGGCUGGUUUCGAUCCUUCGAGCCUUUGCUGUGCUUGUUCUGUACACUGGGAUCAGUUACGCCGUCAACAAGGACCGUGAUUCAGAUGACUACCUGUUUGCAGUCACCAAAAUGACACAAAGAGGCAUCAUCCCUCCCAAGGUCCCCGAAUCGGCACUCAUCAACAAGACUGCCACCCACGCCAUUGCUGCCUUCAUCGCUGCAGCUGUUGAGCAUGUUGCCAUCGCGCGCGCGUUCGGUGCCAGAGGCAACUACCUCACAGACCCCUCUCAGGAGCUCUGCUAUCUGGGCGUCACGAACUUCGUCAACUCCUUCUUCAACGCCAUGGGUGUGGGCGGGGCCAUGUCUCGUACUGCUGUCAACGCUCAAUGCAACGUUCGCUCACCCCUCUCCGGUUUCGUCACCACAGGCGCAGUGCUCAUCUGCCUUUACGAACUCACGGAUGCACUGUACUGGAUUCCCAAAGCUACCCUGGCGGCGAUCGUCAUCACUGCCAUCUGGCCUCUGAUCGGCCACUGGCGCACCUACUACGGUUUCUGGCGCACCUCGCUGGCUGAUUUCAUCGCGGCCAUGCUCGCUUUCUGGCUGACGCUCUUCGUCAACUCCGAAACCGGCAUCGGUGCCGGCGUAGGCUGGUCAGUCGUCUACUACCUCCUCCGUCUAGCCUGGCAACGCACACAAUCCAUCGGCAGCAACUCACGCUCUGAGAUCGUGCGAUCCAUCGACGCUGCGCGCGGUAUGCCGUCUAACAUCCCCGACGACGUGCGCGUCUUCCGCUUCAACGAGAACGUCUUCUUCCCCAACGCCACGCGCAUCAAGGCGCAGCUCGUCGACGGUGUCAAGACCUACCAUGCGCCCACAUACUCGAGCGCCAACGGUGCCGAGGCCGACCGAAUGUGGUCCGUCGUGGGCAUCCAGCGCGUCAAGAAGCUACGCAAGCGCGCCGGCAUCACUGACGUCGACGCCCUCCCGCCCAUCCGUCUCGUCAUCAUGGACUUCUCCAAAGUGACACACACAGACGCCACAGCACUGCACGCCAUGAAGGAGGUCUUCGCUGAGAUCAAGAAAUACGGCGGCAAGGACGUCGAAAUCCGCUUUGCCGCAUGUCAGCAGAACGUCCGCUUCCGCUUCGAGCGCGCCGGCUGGGACAUGGUCGAUGCGGACUCGAGUUCCGGCUCUGACAGUCCUGCUCCCGAGGGUGCGAAGACGGUCAGAUGUUAUCGCAACGUCGCAGACGCCGUGACGGAUCGUGGCUCGGUGAUGCGCGAGGAUAUCAACGUUGUCGUCAAGGGCGAUGAGACGCCGCCCGAGGGUAGCGCCGAGCACCGCGAAAAGGUAUGA